GAAGUAUUAAAAUUUGAAUUGAAUCAAGUUUAAAAAACAAAAUAUUUUUUUUCUCAUAACCUUAUGUAAACAAACGUUAAUUCACAAAAGUGCCUUAAGCGAUUUUAUAGAACCAUAUAUAAGGUUCUUAAUUAAACUCAAUAAAAAUAUAUAUAAAAAGAAUUUUCCAGGACAACUUUUAACAAUAUAAAACUUCACGACAAUAUUUGGUAUUUAAACAAUAAUACGAGGAGGAGCUUUACUAAUGUAUAAUUUUCCAAAAUUUAUUUGCAGUAAUGCAGCACGUCCGGAACUGCGGACCCCAAUUGUUCAUUAUCAGUCGUAAGGGUGGUACCCUGUUGGCGAUAAAUGAUUUUAUAUAUCGCUCCAAUUUAAAGCGCUUCGGAAGGAAUAGCGACAAAGUAUAUUGGGAAUGUAUUCACAACCGUUCUAAAAAGUGCCGAAGUCGUUUAAAGACUAUUGGUGAUGAUCUUUAUGUAACAAAUGAUGUUCAUAAUCAUAUGGGUGAUGGUCAACGUAUUGCCGUGGCAAGGCGUGCUGGUUUGUUAAUUUAUAAGAAAUUCAGUUCAAUAGGUCAAAAUGUAGGAAAGUUAGAGUGUAAUAAUCAAAGAAUUCCCUUUAAAAGCGAAUUAGUUUAAAUUUAUUUAAGCGCAGGAUUUUUUUAUUUCCAAGAAAUAUUUUAUGUACGGAAACAUAAUAAACAUUUGCGUGCUAAUUUCAGCGCCUUCGACAUAUCAAAACUGCCGAUUUUCACCGUUA